AUGUCCGGCAAUCACCUACACGCCGUACAGCAACGUCAUCGGCCCAUCGCCGUAGCCCUCCUCUUCCUCCUUAGUCUUCUCCUUUUCCACCCUGGUCUCAUGGAUAGCAGCAGCAGCGGCAACACAGCUCUGACAGAUUACCUGGGCCCUCGCGUGCGUUUCGCCACUGCCCUUGAACUUCGGCAGUGCGCACAGCUGCAGGACCUCAGGGACUACGGCGUCAAUUUGAACCUGUUUGCCCCCAACACCGUCUACCUCAACAGCGAGUAUUUCUGCUCGGAGAGUGCGCCAGCGCAAUAUCAAUGCCGAUGCGGCUUCGCCACCACCUGUAAAGUGAAGCGAGAUCCGUGGGGACGCAACAUUGGUGUCUGCGACUGCUGCUCAUCAUGGAUGAUCGCCUGCUUUAUCGUACUCGCUAUUUUUUCUAUCAUUAGCUUCUUAGGGGCUGUGUACGUGGUGGGGUGUCAAGGCAAGUGGUGGUGCGACGGGUACGUUACUCCGAAGGCGUCACUUAUACCGCGGCGUGGACCGGCAGUGAGCUGUCCACCGUCGCGGCCACUGCCGGAGAAUCUCUUCCGUGGGUAUGCAUCCGCCGACUUCACAAACAGCGAGGCGUCUCUCGGGGCAUCUGUGGGCGCAGGAACCGCGUCUGCGUCGCAUCUGGUGAACUCCCCCAAUGUUGCUGAUCCCAACCAUGAGGUCUGGUUGGGUUCUGACGCCGAGGAUAGCGAGACGCGCGUGUGA